AUAAGUAAUUGAGUGGGUUAUGAUAAAAAAAUCACUCUGUAUAAUAAACAAAUUAAAUAUUUAAUUUUUAUAAAAAUAUAUAAUAUUUAAAUCAUAAGGAAAAUAUGGAAAAUUUUAUUCGAAGAACAUUGAGAGAAUAAGAAAUAACACUUCAAUGCGAAGAAGAAAAUUGUUCGAAGCGGGUAAAAAAAGAAUCAAAUCGAGUGCUUCACUUAAAUUUAGUGGACCCGAUAGAGAUUACGGUUUAGUAGAACCCUUAGAUAAUAUUCCAUCUGAAGAAGAGCUACGUGAGAAGAUGAGUAAUUUUUUGGUAAAAUUAAACGAAGUUGAUGUAAAAAAACUAGAAUUUUCUACAAGGGAUCAACGCCACAGCCAAGAUUGGUACAUAGAAAGAAAAAAAAGACUUACUGCAUCAAAUUUUGGAGAUAUUUGUAAAAUGCGUGUCAAUACAAGUUGUCGCAAAAAAGUGUACAGUCUUUUAUAUGGUCCUCGUGUCACAUCGAAGGAAAUGUCUUACGGAAUUGAAAUGGAGCAUCAGGCUAGAACUCUUUUUGAGCAGCUUUAUGAAAAGCAUGUUCAAGCAAAUGGAUUAUUUGUUGAUAAGGAGUACGCUUUUUUGGCAGUAAGUCCUGAUGGCCUGAUUGAAAACACAGCUAUAAUAGAAAUUAAAUGCCCAUAUGUAGCUAGGUCCACAGAAAAUGCAGUUGAAGCUGUCCAACAAAAAUUAUUACCAUAUUGCGUGAUUAAAAAUAAUAAAAUUGAACUAAAAAAAGAGCAUAAAUAUUAUUACCAGGUUAUGGGCCAAAUGCGAAUAACAGGUAGAGAAAUUUGUUAUUUUAUUAUAUAUACGCCAAUUUGGAUAAACGUCCAAGUAAUUAAAUAUGACCAUGAAUUUUGGAUUACAAAAAUGGAGGAAAAAUUAAAAAUAUUUUACUUGGAGUGUCUUUUGCCAGAAAUAGUUUGUCCUUUGUAUGGAAAACGUUUAGAACUAACGGACAUAAGAGAGCCAUAACACAUACAAGA